UUAUUUGUAACUGACAUUUCUCGGGGCUGCGCGUGACGUUUCACGUUUUACGGAUGUGCUCUCAAUUUUUCUCCAUCAGUUUUGUUAUUGCGGCGGAGGAGAAUUAUGGCGUUUAGUGAAGCAAAAAGUGGGCAGAGAGUGAUAGAAUUAAGUGACUAACUAAAUCCUCAGCAAUUGAGUGGUAAAGUGUAAUGUGGUGUUGGUGAAAAAGACGCGUGAAAAGCCCGGCGAGAGAUUUCCUUCAUCCCCAGCAUCCUUUCCACGCAACUCAACUUUUGUUUAGGCGUGACACAGUGUGAAGGGUGCAGAAGUUUUUGGGGGACAGAACGUGCCCCCCGGGGGAAGAGGUUACCGUAGUGUCAUGAGACAUGAAUAAGUGUGGAAAAUUCCCAGAAGAAUCUCAUUGAGGGUUAAAGGGAUGCUGCCGUUAGGUGAGAUCACUUCACCCUCAAAGGACAUUUGGACUUGUGGAAAAUUUAGAGAUUUUCUGGGAGAAAAUUGAGCAAAAAGUAAUGAACAACACCCUCAACCACUGCCAAAAGGUGUUGAAAAUCAUUAAGACUCCUACUACUAGCUGAGAAUGGAAAGUGGAGAAACUUAGCUGACUGAUGGUUCUCUACGAGCGUCGAUCAGUUUUGGUGCUCUUUAUUGGGCUACUCCUGUGUAUAACCAUCUGGCGUGCAUCACAGCCACAAUUGGUGCCAACGACUGAAUUUACCUAUCGCUAUGGCCUUCCCCAUCAUCAUGUGGCCAAUGUCACAAGUUCAACGAGUACAGCUACAGUUUUGGCUACCUUGGAAGAUCUACCGGCUUCUGAUAGGCAUAAAUUAAUUGAUUUGGUGAAUUUUGAGUAUGUGAUUGAGCAGAAGAGUUGCAGUGAGUUGCAUUUGCAGCCACUGGUAUUGAUACUGGUGCAUAGUGCUCCGGGAAAUGGGGAGAAGCGUAAGUUGAUAAGGAGAACAUGGGGAAGGGAUGAUGCGCGGGCGCGUCUUCUCUUCUUACUGGGAGCUGUAGAAUCGCCGGCAGAGCAGGUGGAUUUACAGAAUGAGAAUAGGAGGCAUGGGGAUUUGGUGCAAGGGAAUUUUGUUGAUGCCUACAGAAAUAUGACGUAUAAACAUGCCAUGGCUCUCAAAUGGUUCACAUACUACUGCCCUGAGGCACAUUUUCUGCUCAAGACAGAUGAUGAUGUAUUUGUUAAUUCACCCACAAUGUUUGAUUUUUUGGAAAAUGGGGUGGAUCGUCGGAGAUUGGUGGCAUGCUAUGAGGUCCAAGGGGCACGUGUAAAGCGAAGUUAUCGGUCAAAAUGGCGUGUUAGCACCAAAGAAUAUCGGGAAAAGUACUAUCCUGCCUAUUGUCCGGGCUUUUCGAUAAUCUACUCACCAGAUGCUGUGGUGCUUCUGUAUAGGGAAGCCCAGAGGAAUCCUUACUUCUGGAUCGAUGAUGUCCAUGUGACGGGGACAUUGGUGCAGAAGACUAAUAUGACAAUUACCCCCCUAAAUCCGUUAUUUCUAACACGGAGUCAAAUGAACAGUAUUGUCAAUGGAAGACUGAAUGCCACAAGUUCCCUCUUCUUCUUCACAAUUCCUGACCUCAAGGAGUGGGAAAUAGUUACACUGUGGAAAAUUGUUACAUCCAGUUAGAGAGUGAGAAAUGAGAGAAUUGGUGAUUGAAUGGCGCCCUGGCGCCUCUUAGAUCCGACAUAUCAGACAUGGCACACGACAGGCAGGAGACUUACAUAAGCACAAUAUCCUGUUAAACCUGUUGAAAAUUCAGCUAAAUGUGAAAAAAUGAUGAGAAAUAUCUUGAAAGAAAAUCAUCAUUACCUCCAUUUCUACAUUACUCAAUUCACUAACGCAAGGCAUUAAGAAUUAUUUCAAAUGCAAAAAUCCAUUUAAUUUAAUUUAAUUUAUAUUUUAGUGUUCAUUUUGGCUAGAAUGAAUUCAGAGAGAAGUUUUUUUUUGGAAAACUGCUGUUCCUUGUAUAAAUGUGCCAAAUUUUGUAUCGAUAAUUCACAUAAGUUUGGACAGGAGUACACCCUGAUUUUUCCAAUGAAUAUUUUCAUUUAAAAAUCAUUUUGUCUUUAUGUUUUUUUUUAUAUGUCUAUUGCAAUUUUGUGGAAAAAAAUUAUAAAUGCGGGUAGUUGAAAAUAAAUCAAUUCGAAAGAUAAAGCUUCAGCAAUAUUUUAUGAAUCAUAAAAUUGCAAAAUAAGAGAAGUAGUAAAAGUCAAUUGCAAAAUUGAAUUUCAUAAAAUCUAUGAUUAAAAUGAAAGCUAUUUUUUUACAGUU